AUCUCUCUCUCUCUCUCUCUCUCUCUCUCUCUCUCUCUCUCUCUCUCUCUCUCUCUCUCUCUCUCUCUCUCUCUCUCUCUCUCUCUCUCUCUCUCUUCUCUUCAUCAGACCUCCUUCAUCAUCAGUUUUCUCUAUCUCUUCAUGACGACUAGGAUCCAUUUCACUGAGUCACAAUGGGAAGAGCUUGAAAAUCAAGCUCUUGUCUUCAAGUAUAUAGCGGCAAACAUUCCAGUUCCACCUCAUCUCCUAUUCCUCAUCAGAAGACCCUUUCUCUUCUCUUCUUCUGCUUACUCCUCAUCUCCCAACUUCUUUUCUCCACACUUUGGGUGGAAUGUGUACGAGAUGGGAAAGGAAAGAAAGAUAGACGCAGAGCCAGGAAGGUGCCGAAGAACUGAUGGAAAGAAAUGGAGAUGCUCUAAAGACGCUUCUCCAGAUUCUAAGUACUGUGAAAGACAUAUGCAUAGAGGCAAGAACCGUUCAUCAAGAAAGCCUCUGCCUCCUCCUCCUCAAUUUUAUGUUCCCUCUACACCAAGUAUCUUUCUAGACUUUUCUCUCUCUUCCUCCAGGGCAAAAAGUAAAAGAACUGGAUACAUGAAUGAUUUCUUCUCCAUAGAGCCUUCCGGGUCAAUCAAAAGCUGCUCUGGCUUAGCAAUGGAAGGGGACGGUGGCUCUUCUAAGUAUGAGUCUCUGAAACAAAGGGAGAAGCAGACUGAUCGAAGUUGCUUUAUCGUUGGCACUGAGUUAGGGACGCUUGAGAGGCCAUUAAUGCUUGUGGCGAAGCAAAAACAAAGAGAUGAUAAAGAUUAUGAAGAAGAAGAGCAACGGAGUAAGAGAUUUUAUAAAUUUCUUGAUGAAUGGCCUUCUUCUAAGUCUUCUGGAAGCACCUCACUCUUCAUUUGAUUAUGUUUUCAUUUAUGUUAACAUUGUUUCUUAUUUGGUUACUAAUGGAGAUUCUCUCACUUUUCUACUUUAUUAAGAGUUCUUUUCCCUUAUAUAGACCAAUAAUGAAUAAUAUUACCUUUGUAAUCUA